AUGACGGCAAGCGUGGUCCUGAUCGCGACCUGCUCGCUUCUGUUUGUCUUCUUCACGAACGAGGUCAUGGCCGCUCGCAUAAUCGUUGGGGUGACAGCACUAAUUUCAGUGAUGGUUUUGCUUCUGUGCGGCUUGUCAGACCCGGGCGUCAAACAGCGGCAGCCGCCCCCACCACCUGGCGCGCCUCCACACGAGUCGCACUGGUGCGAGCGGGAGUAUGUGGACCAACACGGUCACGCCCAUCAAGCUCGGCUAGAGGUGAAAUGGUGCUAUAGUUGUAACGUCUACCGUCCCUAUCGUGGAGUGCACUGCCGCUACUGUGAUCGUUGUGUGGCUCGCCGCGAUCACCACUGUCCGUGGACUGGCACUUGCAUCGGCGCGAAGAACUACCGGUCUUACUUUGUGCUCGUCUGGGUGCUCUCCGUGAUGUUGUUUACGGCCCUCUGCGGCGGUAUUCAAAGUCUCGUGCAGCGCGUCAUCCGGCAUAGCAAGGUAUCAUCCGUCAACGAGGAUCGCCCCAGCGCCUUCACCUCCGCCCUCAUCGACACGUACUGCCUGGAGCCCAUCCUAAUUGUGCUUUCAUUCAUCUUUGGUUUACUAGCGUGGUCUCUGGCGCUUUACCACACCUACCUCAUUUCGCGAAACCUCACCUCUGGGGACGCCGCAAAGGACUUGGAGGAGAACGUCUUUACCCACGGCAGCGUGCUCGCGAACGUGCGGGCAGCGCUGACCGGCUGGCGUGAGGAAGAGGAGAUGUCGUGCAGAGGCACCCGCACUGAGGUGGUGAUCGAGGCGAAUGCCUGCGAUGACGUGGACAAUGCACCUUCGCUGCCCCCCAUGACCAACACAGAAUCUUUGCAUGCAGCUCUCUACAAUGACUGCGAUGUCUGA